GUACCCACAACUAAAACAUCACUAAAUCAGAGCUGGAUAUUCAUUUGGAUUGGUUUCAUGGAAUCCCGACCUGCCUUCCUUCAUCCGCCCAGAAACGAUGAGCCCAAGGCAUGCUGGGAAUCUGAGCCCAAGACCUCAGGACAACACAGAAAGGGAAACACCUCUCCUGGAACCAGGACAAGACUUGGAGAGAAUCAUGGGAUUGAAGUAAAAGCUAAAGAGCUAGAGGAGAGAUCCAACUCAAUGGAAUCUGCUGGCCAUGAAAAAACACUAAAACACACAGCAUUAGCAACCAAUCCAGCCGCAGAACCCCUCCCUGCCUCGAGAAUACCCACCAUGCACUCGGCUACGACCAAGCAAGUCACUGUGAGAACAAUCAACACAACUGCUAUGACUAAAAUAGCAUCAACUCAACCAAACAAAGCAACUGCACCUGGAAUGGUCUUAAGUUUAUCCACUCAACCUCAACCCAGUGGGUCAAAACUCAGAUCCCCAAAUGCAAGCCAUGAGAAGAAGCUACAAGCGAAUGCGAAAACAUUCUCCAAAAACAUCCAAAAGACGGCCUCAGCAUCUCAUAUAAUGGGCUCCGCAGACUCCCCACAAAAGAUGCUUCACAAAACCGCUUCCGCUUCCCAGAUUUCCUCAAACGACUCUCCCAAGAAUCUCAACCGGGCAUCUCUCUCGCACAUUCCUCGAGCCACUUCCAGCCCCAAACUUAAACUAUCCCACGCUGCAUCUCUCAAAUUGGACAAAACCGAGCGGAUUAAAAGAGUUACAGGCAAAGAAGGACCGUUAUCGACUUCUCCGAAAGAUAUAAUGAUUGACACAUUGGUGGAGAGCAAACUGCAACUGGGGGCGAAAGCAGCAGGAGAGAGUCCUCAGGGACGCCAGGAGCAAGAGAUAAAGAGCAGGAUUGAGAGAAAAGGAGAAACGCUUGGAGAUGAAAGAGAGGACACUGUCCCUCAGGGACACGGUGGAAGAGACCUCACCGUGAAGAGCUCGACAGGGUGCAAACAAACCUCCGCUCUGUCAUCGAAACAAGCAGCUGAACAGCAGAAAGAGCCUGAAGACAAGACUGACGCAUAUGUCACAACCCAAGAGAGACACGCAGGGAGCAGUCAGAGACAGAAGGAAAAGGAGGAAGCAAAAAGCGAGGAGAGGAGACAGACAGGAGAGAGAAAGGGGGCAGUUGAGAUUAAGGACAAGAUGGUGACUGAGGCCAAGAAGGAUACAGUGAUGAACGAAAAGGAUAAGACACCGACAUCCAAGCAACUGAACAAUGAAGAGACAAAGACAAUUAAAGGUUUCCUAGUGGAUAAGACGCCGGCAUCCAAGCAAUUGAACGAUGCAGAGACAAAGACAAUUAAAGGUUUCCUAGUGGAUAAGACGCCAACAUCCAAGCAAUUGAACGAUGCAGAGACAAAGACAAUUAAAGGUUUCCUAGUGGAUAAGACGCCAACAUCCAAGCAAUUAAACGAUGCAGAGACAAAGACAAUUAAAGGUUUCCAAGUGGAUAAGACGUCGACAUCCAAGCAAUUGAACGAUGCAGAGACCAAGACAAUUAAAGGUUUCCAAGUGGAUAAGACGCCAACAUCCAAGGAAUUGAACGAUGCAGAGACCAAGACAAUUAAAGGUUUCCCAGUGGAUAAGACGUCGGCAUCCAAGGAAUUGAACGAUGCAGAGACAAAGACAUAUAAAGGUUUCCUAGUGACCGAAACAAAGGACGCAGCACUACAGGUGGAUCUGCACCCAGUUUACGUUGACGUCGAGGUCCAGGCGGUCAUGGAGGUUUGCAGCAAAUCCACAGACAUGAGUCCAGUCCAUGACUCUCAAUACCUUAAAUUGAACCCUGAGAUUGACCUCAACCCUAAAGUGGGCCUAUACAAUGAUCUCAGGCCCGAUGGCAACUCUGACUCUGAUUGGUUGCCAACUGUAGACCUCAGACCAACGGGAGCCAAGCCUAGAUUUCUAGGUCCAGCCCCUUACAAGUCUCCCAAUAGCCAGAAACCUCUACAACAUGUGUGUCAAAUAGAGAUUGAACUUUGUAGCCAGUCACCGCAGACUCUUGAUUCGAAAGUAACCAUCAGUGAAUUGGACACAACUUGUCGACUGUUGCCCGGAGUGACAAACAAGUCCUCCGAGGACUCCUUAAAACCCAUCAACUCUGGGAGAACAGGAGAAGUGAAGGGAGAAAAGGAGAAGAGUGGUGCACCUCAGCAGAUCAUCUGGGAUGAGCAGGGAAUGACGUGGGAAGUGUAUGGAGCGUCGCUGGAUAUGGAAUCGCUGGGGUUUGCCAUCCAGAACCACCUGCAGUGCAAGAUCCGUGAACACGAGCGGCGGAUCAGCACACUCCGGAACUCCAUAUGCCUCUCUGAACAAUCGCCCGAAAAGGGUAGGACAGGAAAGAGGAAGAGGAAUGUCUUCAGGUCACUGUUCCCUGGAUCUAAUUGCUGCUUGAAACCACAACCCAAAGAGGAACUGCCAAAGUGACUCGUUUUUUUUUUUGGUAACACUUUAAUUUC